AUGGUCUUUAAAGCUUGCAGGGGAAACCUGCAUCCCGAAGCGAGCAGCUGUGCUAUGUUGGCAAGACACGCUGACCCAGGAUUUGCUCCACCCAGUUUUAUCAGAUUGUUAGCCUGCUAUAUUUUACAGGGCAGGGCAAGGUGGCAACUUCUAGAAUGACCGUGGCUGGUUUCCCCCAAAAAACUGAAUAGGUUGAAAUCAGGUUAAUAUUUGGAAUGAGAGACCACAAGGAAACAUCGGGGUUAGAUGGGAAACUGCUUCCAAGAUGAAGGCAGCCAAAAUCCAGGGAAUGAAAAACACUGUUCCAAAGAAUGAUAAAAAGAGAAGAAAACAGCUGCUGGAUGAUGUUGGCAAGCUGGAGUCUGAGUUGGAAGAGAAGCACAAAGAGGAAUUAAAGAAGUUGAAAGAAACAUUACCUGAACAGAAUAAAGAAUAUCUGGCAAGUCUAAAUAUUGCAAAACUGGAAAUUGAGAGCAGAGAACAGACCCAGCCUGCUAGAAUAUCAAAAGCACAGAAGAGGCGGGAUAAAAAAGCAGCUCUGGAAAAGGAAAGAGAAGAAAGAAUAGCAGAAGCUGAGAUAGAAAAUUUAACAGGUGCUAGGCAUCUUGAAAGCCAGAAACUUGCAAACAUUUUAGCCUUAAGGCAAUUGGAAAUUAAGCAAAUCCCAUCUGAUGGUCAUUGCCUAUAUAGAGCUAUUGAAGAUCAGCUCAAAGAGCAACAAAACCUGUGGACAGUUUCAACACUCAGAAAUCAAACUGCAGAGUAUAUGAGAAGUCACGUGGAUGACUUCCUUCCAUUUCUGACAAACCCAAAUACCGGAGAUUUGUACAGCCAAGAGGAAUUUGAAAAAUACUGUUCUGAUAUAGCAAACACUGCUUCAUGGGGUGGUCAGUUGGAACUAAGAGCUUUAUCACAUAUCUUGCAAACACCAAUUGAAGUAAUUCAGAUGGAUUCCCCUCCUAUUAUUGUUGGUGAAGAAUACAGUAGGAAACCACUAAUACUUGUGUACAUGAGACAUGCAUAUGGAUUAGGAGAACAUUAUAAUUCUGUAAAAACUCUUUUGGAGAACACAGCAGAAAAUGAAAGCUAAUACACAGAUCAUCAGACGACCAGAAUGAUGGCUACAAUUUUACUAAGUGUCUCUAUAUAGGUCUUAAAAUGAAUUCUCAAUUCUUUAAUAAGGCAUACAGGGUUAUACAAACACACACAUAUAUGGUAUGUGUGUCUGUAUAUAUGAGAUCUGUUAUCAGCACUACUCAGUUUAAAUCAUGUUUUUUUUUAAAAAAAUCUGAUGUGUUUCUAAUGUAUCUCAUAAUAAAUUGUGGGUUAUA